GGAAAGGAAUGGCUUGAGAUAUCGGCAAUGUCAAUGUCUCUCUCUCUCUCUCUCUCUCUCUCUCUCUCACAGUCUCUUUCCCUCUCUGCCUCCAAAAUUUCCCUCUCUGUUUUGAGCAGUUAAGCUGCCUCAUCAAUCUCACUCACCAGAAACCCAUAAACAAUCAUUAACCUUUUCUUGUUUUCAUCAAAACCCAUUUCUCAGUUUCUUCAAAAACCCCUUUUGAUUCUUUCUCCAAAUCCUUUUCCCAGCUCUGUUCAUGCUUUAGACACAACAGUUUUAUCUCAAUGUGUGACGGUUUUGUACUUUGAUUUAUAGAGAAAAAAAUGCCACGGAAUGUAUACGGUAUGAACCAAACGGAGGUUUAUAGAAAUGUCGAUCGUGAAGACCCCAAAGCAAUUCUCAAUGGUGUUGCAGUUACUGGACUUGUUGGGAUCUUGCGUCAGCUUGGUGAUCUCGCUGAGUUUGCAGCAGAGAUAUUUCAUGGGAUACAGGAGGAAGUUAUGGCUACAGCUUCAAGAAGCAAUCAAUUGAAAAUCAGAUUGCAGCAUAUAGAAGCUACAGUGCCUCCACUAGAAAAGGCGAUGCUUGCACAGACAACUCAUAUACAUUUUGCAUACACAGGAGGUCUGGAGUGGCAUCUUCGUAUACCAAUUACGCAAAAUUACUUAAUUUACGACGACUUGCCUCACAUUAUCAUGGAUCCCUAUGAAGAGUGCAGGGAUCCUCCACGGUUGCACUUGCUUGAUAAAUUUGAUAUAAAUGGUCCUGGAUCUUGCUUGAAGCGAUACUCCGAUCCUACUUAUUUUAGAAGAGCAUCAAGCAACCUGAUUCAAGGAAACAAGAAGAUCCAAAAAGAUAAAAACCUUUGUAAAAUGAAGAAGAAAAAAACUUCGUCAAGGAGUCGAGAUAUGUCACGUUUGGCCUCCAUGGCUAACCAAAAUGCCAGGAAGACAUUUACUUCAUUUAGCUUCAGUGGACGAACCUCUUCUACCAAAACCACCUCAACUAGUGACAUGGAAAAAAGAUUUGAUUUUCAAGAUCUUCAUUCUCGCUCUUUUGAGUCCAGAAGUGGUUCAGGCUACAACGAAUGCCUUUCAACCGCAACCUCUUCAUUGAAGACUGGAGAAAGACCAAAAGGAGUGUUCGUUUCAUCCAGCUUGACACCGGGCUCUUGCACUAUCGCUUCAGUCCUUUCUGAAUGUGAAACCGAAGAUGCUCAUGAUAAUUUCCAGUUUAGUCCUUCUCAAGGGCAAGCUGCUCGUGGCUCUUCUUGCGUUAGUUGGGAUGAGAAAGUAGAGAUAGUGGAAUCUCUUGGUCUGCAGACAGAGGAGGCUUCUGAAAUGAUGGAGACGAACCCUGUUGUAGAUAAACCAGAUGAGAAACCAAGCUAUGGAGGGACUGGUGGAGUUGAUUUUCAUUCUAAGGACAUUGAAAAUGAUAAAUCAGAAUCAGGACUACAAAAAUGUACUGGGAUUGAUGAGGUAAGAGGAAUAAAAACUGUCCGGGAGAUUGUGGGAGAACCGAGGGAUAGUGAACAUGAGACUGAAAGCGAAGGGGACUGUUUUGUUGAUGCGCUUAAUACUAUCGAAUCAGAAUCUGAAAACAAGCAGGGGCAUCAAACUAGUCAAGUAAGCAGUUCCUGUGGUGUUGCAGAUGAGAUGUUGGAAAAGUCGGUGUGUGAACAAAAAACAGAGCAGAAUUGCUACAGUGUCGAAGAUUCUUACAGAUCAAUGGAUGGGCUUAUAGCCAACGGUUUUAAAAAUGAAGAGAAUGCAUCGUCAGCAAAUGUAGCUGAUGAAAUGCAUCAAAAAAAUCCACAGGUGGGUUCAGAUAUCAACCGCUUACAAAAAAAUGAUCUUUGUGCAAACAAGGAUAUGCGUAACGAUUCUGGUGGAAAAGAUAUCAUCACAUUUACAUUUGUGCCAGGUCUUGAGAACAGCUUAGCUGAUUCAUCAAACCCCUUGAUUCAUCAUGGCCUACAGGAAAAUCAAGAACCAGAAGCUGAAUCUUCUGGUGAUCUCGAAGCCAUUAAAAUAUGGACUAAUGGGGGUCUAUUGGGACUUAAACCAUCGAAACCUCCAGUCUUGGCAGUGCAAAGUUCAUUAAGUCCAGAUUGCAAGACCGGGGAAAGGACAGUUGGUUUUGCAGAAGCUGGAAAAGAUAAAUCAGAUGAUCUAAUUGAAAAUGCUUCACAUAGACGUGUUCUGAAUAAUGCAAGCUUAGCAACACCAGGAACCCAAAAUCCAAUUAGUUCAAGUGGCAUGGCCCUGGGUAUUGUAGACCAAAGAGAGUCCCAUGAGACUUCUUCCGGAGUUUUUGGACUCAGCCACAGGUUACUCACUAAUGGUUUCCGCAGAAAGGAUUCAUUUGCCCAUGAUAGAAAGACUGUACCAGCAACCAUUCCAGAGAACGAUGAAGUGACUACAGAGAGGAGGAGGUUUUGUGACCAAGAUAUUGAUGACAAAACCUUUGUGGAUCCCUUCAGGAACGAAGCUCCCAUUGAUUGGAUUACUUCGUCUCCGCCUCUUCAACACAUGAAAAUAUCUCUCAAUCCCGCUGACACUCUUCAGGCUUCCAGACUGAAGCUUAAAUUUUCAGAUGGGAACAACACUUACAAUACCUUUUCUUCCUUCCAGUUGCUUCCAGAGGCUGCAACUUUCCUUCCAGAUUCGUAUUCCGACGACGACGACACUUUUUGUAGAUCCUCUCCUUACAUGUCAGAUACUGAUUAUCUUAGCGAUAAUCACUCCUUGUCAUAUUCUGAGCAGUGGGAAGAAUCCAGUGACAGCCAUGGAAGAAAAGAACAAGAACUAUAUGAUUCUUUCCACGAAAGUAGGCAUAUUGAUAACAAUGCUGAAGCUUCUCCUCUAGGGAUCAAAUCAGAAAGUGGUUGUGUGGCCGUAAACUUCUCAUACCUCCAAAAUCCUGCAGAGCCCUUGCCACCGCCAUUUCCGCCCGUGCAAUGGAUGGUUUCAAAGACACCUUCAGAGAAAAUUGAAGACAAAACACAGUCCCUACAACUACAAGACGCUAUCAGGUUCGCAUUUGAGAAGCAUAUUUCAUUGCCUACAAUGAAGAAAGAGCUGCCUAGCAUGGUGACUUCUGCCCCUAAACCAGAAAUUAAGGUCCAUCUGAAGAAUAAUGUCAGGGAGGAGAAACAAAGUGCCAACGCAAAGGAGACUGAAACUGGAGACUUCUUGCAACAAAUCCGAACACAACAAUUCAACCUGAGACCUGUGGUCAUGACAACGACAUCAUCGGCUGCUGCAACAACUGACCCUAUCAUAAACACUAAGAUCAGCGCGAUUUUGGAGAAAGCAAACUCAAUACGCCAGGCUGUAGCUAGCAAAGAGGGAGAUGAAAGUGAUACAUGGAGCGAUACGUAAAACCCCUUCUGAUCAGAUUCCAUUUCUUCUCUGUAAUCUACUCUCUGAACGACAUACAUGUAGAAAAGGGUUCAAGCUAGUCCUGCAAGCAUUUUUUCAUUUUGUAUCAUAUCUAAUGUGUGGAUUUUGUAGGUGAUAUGUAAAUUUUGUAGUGUGUGAUCUCUAUCUUCAAGAAAAUAAAGUAGUUCAAGAAAUAAAAGUAAAAGCUAUUAUGCUCAUUCAUCUUGA